GAUGUGAGUGAGUAGCAAUGAUGAUCGAGUAAGAUGUGCCCGAAAGCAACUUUUAUCAUUGUCUUAGCCCUCUCCUUGUGUAAAGUGGAAUCAAUACCGCUGAGUAUCAACGCAAACGGGACGUUGCCGCCGUGUACCGUGCAGACAUGUGGCGAGAGCGACCAUAAUGUUAGCCGAUUGGAGAUGCUUCGGGUUGAACAAGAGUCCAAGUACGAAUCGGGACUCUUUCUUCUGCGGGAUCCCAUUGAAUACAAUGGGACCGUUGUUGGUGUCAGCGCCAGCGGGUACUGCAUAUUAGUUAACAGAACAGGCGGUCAACGAUUUGAAAUGCGCCUGGGAUUAUACGACGCUCAGGACCGGAGAAGGAUCAAUACUGUCACACUACCAGCCAACUGUACUGAUGAAUCCUUGGAUGAUUCCGUUAUUUGUAGCGUUCAAUCGAAUAUGAAGUUCUCUGUUAAAGCUGGAUGUUUCAUUGGAAUACUGUUCAAUGCCCAAUGCAGUCCAGAAGACAAGGCAAACAGAUGUUCAUGCAGACCAGCGACAGUUGACAAAGAUAAUAUUGAUGAGCAGUUUUUAUACCUGAAUUCGAACAAUAAUAAAUUUAGAAAAUUCCCCAUUAACACUGAUGGCAGUGAAAGUGUUGGCCUUCAAUUCUCUUUCACUUUUCAGGCAGGCGGCAAAUGUGACACCCCUGACUCUUCAUCUAAUGAAACGUUGCUGGUAGCCGUUGCUGUUGCUCUCUCAGCCUUGACUGUGCUCCUACUGCUUGUCAUCUCUUCUGUGAUCCUGCACAAGUUUUACAGAUGGAGGAAGCACAAGGCAUCUGUAACGAAUGUAUUUCAAUCAAAUCCACAAGGGGUUCAGGAUUUGAAUAACAAUGUGUAUUCUGUGGAGUCAACUGAAAGUGGGGGACAGCAGGACUCUACUGCAAUACAAACUAACAGAGGAACGCAGGAUUCAGUAACCUAUGACUAUGCACGUGAGGAGCAGAGUGACUUCAAUCUCCCACAACUACCAGAACUAUCAGACGGACACUAUGAAACGGACGGACAUGAGCAGCGACGAGCCGUUCUGGGAGCCAGCCGUGUUGAGGAUGACCUCAAGAGCCAGCUCCAGGACCUCAGUCUGUCAACAUGACACACUCUCGUGAGUGUGGCCACUAGCUAGCUAUCUAGAAACGAGGCUGUUUAUACAACAUGGAAACCAAGCACGUGAUGGUGUUACUAAUACAGUGGACAGUAGAUACUCUUUGCCAUUGUCCACAACCAUGACAGUGGCUAAUAUACAGUAGGCACAAUCUGUGAAUAGAUGCUACUACUAAUGUAUUCAAAAUUGUCUGUGAGUUAGCCUAUACUGCCCAAAUGUAUUAUAGUUCAGCACAAUUAACUGUUAUUGUAAGUCUAUUGGUUAGCUACAUACUAUAGCUGUGCCAAUAGUACAGAUGUGCUAACCACACAUGAUGCAAUUCCCAUUGGGGAAUUUGUUAGAACACAUGAACACGGAAAAUUUAAUCUCGCUCUCCCCCAGGUUUUAAAGUGAGAUCUGCAGCACAAUAAUAUAGCUAUAUACCACCUGUUCUCUAAUAGAUGUUUGAGCCUUAUUAUGACUGAUACGGUCAUCCCGGGCUAAAGGUCUCUUCAGCAUAGUACAGUACACCCCAGUAGCAACACACACACUGCGUUGUGUCAGCUCAAAUUUGUAACUUAAGCCUAGGUGUUUCUGUUUGAUAAUACCACACGAGGGUUAGAGAAUUACACUGAUACCCUCCCUGUGCUAUGGUUUAAAACCAGCUAACGUCGGUAGUUCUGCGUCAGUGCUAUUAUUAUGGUCUGUUCAUAACUAGGUCCGCAUG